AUUCGCCAUCAAAAUGGCGUCAUCGAAGGAAACCUAUUGUUUGUGUGGUCAACCAUAUAAUAUUGGACAAUUUAUGAUAGAGUGUGACUGCUGCCGCGAGUGGUUUCAUGGAAGCUGUGUUGAUGUGAAAAUUUAUCAUUCGGACGAUAUUGACAAGUACCACUGUCCAAAAUGCGCGCAGACGUACGGCCCAUCUGUAUUAAAAAUCCCAACGAACAAUCACCGAGCGGACAGAUACGAGUUAGGGGCAGAGACCCGGCCUUCACAAGCUGGGACACCGGCAUGGGUCCGGGCGCUGGCAGCUCGGCCUCUCAGGCCCACCUCGGCUGCCUUGCAGAGAAUGAGACCACAGAACUUUACUGAAGAAUUUGUGAGGGAUAAUGGCUUCACUCGGCCAGUGAUUUUCAAUACAAUUGACGGUUUGGACAUGAAAGUGCCCAAUCCAGCAACAUUUAACGUCAGGUCUGUGCUGAGAUACUGCGGAGCUCAGUUAGAGGUUGAAGUUAUAGAUGUACGUAAGCAGUCGACAUUGAGAAUGCCACUCGCAGAUUUCGUUGAUUAUUUCGAGACACCGCCGGAACAUAGAGAUGAUAAAGUGCUUAAUGUAUUAAGUUUGGAGUUUACGGAUACCAAUAUGUGCCCUCUAGUGGAGCCCCCUGGAGCCCUACGGAGUCUGGACUGGGCAAAUACUGCUUGGCCAUCAUCAGCAGAGCCCGCCCGACCAGCGGUACAGCGCUACUGCCUCAUGUCCGCUGGGGCUUCAUACACUGACUUUCAUGUAGACUUUGGUGGCACAACAGUUUGGUACCACGUGCUGAACGGAAGGAAGAUAUUCUAUUUAAUUCCCCCGACGUCAACUAAUCUCGCCUUGUAUCAGCAAUGGAGCGCUGCUAAUAAUCAAAGCGAGAGAUUCUUUGGUGAUAUGGUGGAAUGGUACGGUACAGCCGAAGUCGGUCCAGGUGAAACACUUUUCAUACCGACCGGUUGGAUCCACGCCGUCUAUACUCCGUGUGAUUCACUCGUGUUUGGAGGGAAUCUUUUACACUCGUACGCUAUUGAAAUGCAGUUGCAGUAAACGGACUCGGCGAAACGUGACAAUGUACCAAAGUGUCUCAAUUCUGGUCAGCUGGUUCGUGAGCUGUGUAAAGAAUUACGUACAUUAGAAAAACGUAGCAACAGUAAUAAGGAUAAGGACUUUAAACUUAAGAACAGUUCACCGGUAAAAUCACAAAGCAAGAAAAAAACAGAUGCGACACCUAAAAAAUCUUUAAAACUCACUCUACCAAAGCCGAUAAUGCACAUGACUCCGAACGGAGAUUACACAGAUGAAAAAUUAUACGCAGAAAAAUAUUACAUCGACAAUAAGGAGGUUUUAUAUCCAGAUAGAUACGUACAGGACAAAUAUGUAGAUAGUGAUGUGAAAUUUGUCACCGGUGAGGCUAAACUUGUGAGUAGUGAUGUGAAAUACGUCAAUAGUGAGAUUAAGUAUGUCAACGGUAUACCCGACACUAAAUACGUGGUCGACAGUAAAGAAAUAUUAACGGAGAAGUUUGCGUAUCAAAGUUACGAAGAGGUUACAUAUCAAGAAGGGAACGGGUAUAUAGACAGGCAGGAUAAGAAGACGUCCUUGAAGAUUAAGUUGAAUAACUCGCCAUCGUCAUCAAGAGAAGAACCCCCUCCCUACAGCCUCCCAGAACACUCGAUACUAAAAUCCCACCUUAUAAGAGCCGACCGACUCAAACCUAUACAGCAGUGGACGAUAUCAAAGAAAGACAUUGGAGAUUAUCACGAAGAACAGAUACUAUUCACUAAUGAAAAUUUGCAAGCCAAUAUGAGGAUUGAAGGACAGGAUAUGAAUUAUGGAGCAGGUAUGUACUCGGCGCAAGAUGUGGGCGAGUACUAUGAGGAGGGGAAGGGCUACCAGCAGCUGUACGCGCCCGAGCUCGCCUACGAGUACGGCGCCACCACUCAGGCUCCGAGCUAUAGUGGUGGUACGUUUGCGCAAACGCAGUUACCGUCUUACGAUGCAGCGGUAGCGCAACAGUUUCAGACCGCUUAUGUAAUCGUGACGUUCCCCUGCCCGCAGACCCCGGAGCCGCCGCGCGCGGUGCGGCGCUCGGAGCGGCCGGCGCGGCGGCGCGUGUCCAGCUCGUACGAGUACGAGGACGACCUGUACGUGGACGAGGCGCCCGCGCCGCGCCGCCGCCCGCGCGCGCGCUGCCGGCCCAGCGCAUCGAACAGCAACUCCAACACUUACCGACAGACGCGGGCGCCCGCGAAUGGCAUCGAAUCACUCAUACAAGCUUCAGAACUUGCGGACGAGGAACAACCAGAUAAUGACACUGAGAAUGCAGCCGUCGCCGGCAUGUUGAGUAUAAGCGAACAGAGAUUCGAGGCGCCGGCCAGGACCUUCGGUUUAGCGGUUGAGACACCACAGAAACCAACGGAUAGUUCCAGAGUGGAAAGUGGAACGGGUCGCGGACGGUCGAAACGCUCUGCGGCUGUAACUGAGGAGUACGAUGAGGAGGAUGUCAUCAAGGAAGUACAUCGCGACGAGGAGUAUGUGUACCCAUCGCUGGAGAUGAGUUCGGAUGAGGAUGAAGAAAGUACGUCUCGUCGCCGUACAGCGCGUUCGAGGACAGAUAGUAGGGGCAAGAAUGACAAGGACGAGUCGUGGUCGCCCCGAGCGCGUCUGGGCCGCGUGCUGCCGCGCCUGCGCGGGCCGGCGCGCUCCGCCGUGCGCCGCGAGUGCGUGCGCGCCGCGCUGCACGCCGCCGCGCACCGCCACCAGCCGCACAGUGCAAAACGAGCAGUACUAGCUACGAAGAGCAGGCGACCUCCCCCUCCCGCGCACCCCGUCUCCUCCAACAAAAAUAUAAGACUGAAAAAAGGUAUGAAGACGGCGAAACAACGCCUAGGAAAAAUCCUCAAAAUACACAAAAUGAUAUAUUAAUAUAGUUUUUAAUAUUAGUUAAUUGUAGCGACGGACAUUAAGAUGUAUAUUUUAUAUAUGUAUUUAGAUAAAGGACCAAUAUGUGUUGUAGAUCCCGUGCGUAAUGUCCCCGAUGAAUAUAUAAUUGAAUAAAUUCUAUGAACUGUAUCGAUAUUUAGAACAUUACAUGAACAACGUGUUGGAUGGAAUUUGUAUAAAAAAAAAAAUUUUAGCACGCUGUAUUACCACAUAGAAGUUUAAAAAAUGUAACCUUAUUGUUCUAUGUAUUCUAUGAAAUUAUGGAUUUUCAAAGUUUUCAUCUUGUCAUCCGUUAUCCUGCCUUGCGAACUGUCAAAAGCGUAAAUUAAAAAAAAAAUCAUUGUU